CGAAUUCCAACAAGUUGGAGUCGGGCAUGGAUCUCUUCCUCUACGCCCAUUUGGUGAAACUUCGUAGCCACCGCGGUAAGUACCUUGUGGCCAAGGAGGACACGGAGACGGUGACUCAAGACCAGAACGGAUCCUCCGGCCGGAACGCGCAGUGGACCGUGGAGUUGGUGCCGGACUCCGACUCCACCAUCCGCCUCAAGAGCUGCUACAAUAACUACCUCACCGCUUCCGGCCAGCCCUUCUUGCCGUUGAUCAGGAACGGUCUAAAGGUGCUCCAGUCGCUGCCCCAGAGCCUUGACUCCUCACUCGAGUGGCACCCCAUUAAAGAAGGGACCAAGCUCAAGCUCAAGACCCACAACGGCAACUUCCUGAGAGCCCAUCGUGUAUUCAACUCGGUGACCCAUGAUAGUACCCCCCUCGAGAUGUGAUUCUCUGGGAUGUUGAGCUCGUUAAGAAACGAAUUGCAGCAUUUCUAGAUUUGAUGGCAGUGCUUCAAGCUGCGGGUUCAGUCAGUUCGCUCACGACGCUCGGUGGUUGCUGCAUCAUGUGAUUGAUCUAUUUCAAGGGGAAAAAAAAGGAAGGACAAGGACAAGGACACAUUUGCCUGCAAUUUUAUUUUGUUGAUGCAAGUUGCUGCUGUUUCUGGUGCUUCUGGACCUUGCCUGCAAUUUACUUUGUUGAUGCAAGUUGCCUGCAUUCUUACUUUUUCUAGUCUUGUUGUUUUUGCUUCUGUUUUGAGGCCUUGGUUUAGUCCUCUGUAAGGGCUUGGUUUUAGUCUGGUUCUGGGUUGCUGUUGAGUUUUAUGCAGCUUGUGUUUUUUGUUUAGUGUGUUUGGUUCUUUGGCAUCUGUGUAGGCUGUUUUCAGCCUGUUUAGACAGGCUU